GAAUGCACCCUCCUUCCGAGUUGACUCGGUGGGAAAUCCGUGUGGGGAGGAUCCUUUGUCGAAGCUGAUGCAAGGACGGGACGGGACAGGGAGAGAGAGUGAAAGGGCAGGACAAUGAGAACUAUCGAAAACAAUCUGUGUUAUCAUCAGAAACAGGCAUUACAUGGUGGAAGAAAUGUUUGGAAAUCCAAGAGUCUGAAAAGGCAUAAGGGAAGUCCUCUACUCCUCAGUGUUGAUAGCCAUGAACGUGUGAUCCCAGAAGAAGAUUGCAAAGAAAGCAGAAGGAGAAAGUGUCCAGUGUGGGGCAAAAUAUUCAAAUAUUAAUUAAACAGACAUUGCAGAACCCACAGAAAGGGAGAAAUAUAUGAAUGAGUGGAGUGUAGGGGGAGCUUCAGUUGCAGUCACAGCCUGGCUGAGCAUAAAAUAAUCCACACAGGGAGAAUCCACUUAAAUGUAUGAAGUGUGCAAAGUGCUUCAGUUGUAGCAAAAGCUGUAUUUCAUAUCAAAGAAUCCACAGAGGAGUGAAACUGUUUUAAUGUGUUCAGUACAGAAAGAGCUUCAGUAAUAAUAGAAAACUUAUUCUGUGUCAAUGAACCCAUACUGGGAAGAAGCUGUAUAAACGUAUGGAGUGUGAAAAGAGCUUUAGUCCUAGUGGGUGCCUUACUUUACAUCUAAGAAACCAUACAAGGGAAAAACCAUAUAAAUGUAUGGAGUGUGGAAAGAGCUUCAGUCGUAAUGGACACCUUACUUUACAUCUAACAACCCACACUGGGGAGAAACCAUAUAAAUGUAUGGAGUGUGGAAAGAGUUUCAGUCAAAGUGGAAGCCUUACUUUACAUCAAAGAACCCACACAGGAGAGAAACCAUAUAAAUGCAAGGAAUGUGGAAAGAGUUUCCAUUUCAGAGGUGUUCUUAAUCAACAUCAAAGAACUCACACAGGGAUGAAGCCAUAUAAAUGUAUGGAGUGUGGAAAGAGCUUCAGUCAGAGUGGAAAUCUUACUUCACAUCAAAGAACCCACACUGGGGAGAAACCAUAUAAAUGCAAGGAAUGUGGAAAGAGCUUCAGUCAAUAUGUACAACUUACUCAACAUGAAAGAAUCCACACAGGCGUGAAGCCAUAUGGAUGUGUGGAGUGUGGAAAGAGCUUCAGUCGUAGAGAUAGCCUUACUUCACAUCAAAGAACCCAUACGGGGAUAAAGCCAUAUAAAUGUAUGGAGUGUGGAAAGAGCUUCCGUUUUAGCUGCAACCUUUCUUUACAUCAAAGAACCCACACGGGGGUGAAGCCAUAUGAAUGUGUGGAGUGUGGAAUGAGCUUUAGUCAGAGCAGUAGCCUUACAUCGCAUCAAAGAACCCAUACAGGCGAGAAACUAUAUAAAUGUGUGGAGUGUGGAAAAAGCUUCAGUCAAAGAGGAGGACUGACUUUACAUCUAAGAAUCCACACAGGAAUGAAGCCAUUUAGAUGUAUGGAGUGUGGAAAGAACUUCAGUCAGAGCAGUAGCCUUACUUCACAUCAAAGAACCCACACAGGGAAUAAACCAUUUAAAUGUGUGGAGUGUGGAAAAUGUUUUCGUCGUAGUGACAGCCUAACAACACAUCAAAGAACCCACACAGGGUUGAAACCAUAUGAAUGUGUGGACUGUGGAAGGAGCUUUGGACAGAGCAGUAGCCUUACUUCACAUCGAAGAACCCAUACAGGGGAGAAACCAUAUAAAUGUGUGGAGUGUGGAAAGAGCUUUAGUCGGAGAAAUAGCCUUGCUUCACAUCAAAGAACCCACACUGGGGAGAAACCGUUUAAAUGUGCAGAGUGUGGAAAGAGUUUCACUCGUAGUGACAGCCUAACUUCACAUCAAAGAACCCACACAGGGGUGAGGCCAUGUGAAUGUGUGGAGUGUGGAAAGAGCUUUCGUCACAGCAGUAAUCUUAUUUCACAUCGAAGAACCCAUACAGGGGAGAAACCAUAUAAAUGUAUGGAGUGUGGAAAAAGUUUCAGUUGUAGCGGACACCUUAGUUUACAUCUAAGAACCCAUACAGGGGAAAAACCCUUUAAAUGUAUGGAAUGUGGAAAGAGCUUCAGUCAAAGAGCACAGCUUAUUACACAUAAAACAACCCACACCGGGGUGAAGACAUAUAAAUGUAUGGAGUGUGGAAAAAGCUUCAGUUGUAGUGGACACCUUCGCUUACAUCUGAGAACCCAUACAGGGGAAAAACCGUAUAAAUGUGUGGAAUGUGGAAAGAGCUUCAGACAAAGAGGACACCUUAUUACACAUCAAAUAAUCCACACUGGGGUGAAGACAUAGGGAUGUGUGGAAUAUGGAAAGAGCUUCAGGCACAGUGGAAAGCUUACAUCACAUCAAAGAACCCACACGAGGGAGAAACUAUGAACGUAUGGCAUAUACCAUUUUCAAACUGCAGAGAUCAUUUUCCAGUCUUUCAGCAUCAGGACCACAUCUGUCAGAGACUGCACAAUUCUUCUCAGUGGAGAGACUCUGGCACAACAUAUCUUUUACUUCUCAUCCAGGAAACUGCAAAUGUCAAGAGCUGGGGGCACUAACCCAGCACUCGGAGGUGCCAUGGACACUGAGAAGACCUUUGUGUGUGUCCCAGCCCAGGGGCCCAGACUCUGAGCUUUGUUUAGAAAGAACAAGUAAGUUUCUAUCUUUCCUAAAAGGAAGGUUGUGAAGAAAAUGUGCCGGUACCCUUCUAAGUGAUUUCUGCAAAAUGAGUCAGUCUAGCUGCUCCCGCCUGUCAAUCCUUUUACUCAGUGAGUGAAGUCAGAGCUGUGACUGAUAAGUGAGUUGUUUGGACACCAGGCAAUAGGAAUCCCUGUGGUCCUAAAGACCUCCUCUUUUCCUUCCCUUUUUAACUGUGCUUUUCCUGGUUCUGUCUUCUUUUCUAGUAGUCCAUGGAAUCUCCGUAGUUUGCUCUUCCAUUUUCUUAGCAACUAGGAUGCAUCUUUCCUGUACUCCUUAGAACAGGAGUGACCAACCCUCUUAGACCAAUGGGAACAUUUAGAAUUCUUAGAGAAUGCUGCAGAAGGAUGUUAAAGAGCCCCAUCCCCAAAUGGCAAAUGCAAAAUAUAAAACUUUUCAAAGACGCUUAGGGAUUUCUCCUGCUGUGCAGGAGCUGAUGCCCAGGCGCUCAUUAAGAAUUCACUGUAUAGUUUGUUUACAUGUGCACAAUGGUAUACAUAUCUACUUCAGAAGUAAGUCUCUUUGUGUUUAAUGGGGCUUGCUCCCAGGUAAAUGGGUAUUGGUUGCAGCCUGGCUUUGGUUGAGGAUUGGCAUUUGGGAAAACAGCUGUACCUCCAGAAUCAGGACCAGCAAGACAUGGCUGACUUCCCAUGGUAAGCAUGAGGUUGUCCGAUAUCGGGGGGAAUAUCAUACUCUCUCUAACUUUGUGUGAUGCCAUACCCCUAUGGAGCCAUUUUGUAGCAUGCACCCUUGGCACCCUCUCAAAAUUCCAAAUGUGCCCCAUGUCCAAAAAGCUUUACAACCCCGGUCAAGAGUGCAGAAAGCAUAUAUGUUUGAAGCAGGCUUACAUUACAUCAGGGGUGGGGAGCUCCAGCCGGUGGGCCUGAUUUAGCCCAGCAGAGGUCUAUCUGUUUGACCGCUGAGGCCACGCGCCUGACAUCUGCCCCAUAUCUGAUAUGUGACCUCAGGUGUGGGACAGGUAACAAUGAAGCUAGAAAAUAACAAUCUAGAGCAGUGGUUCCCAACCCUUAUGAGCACGGGACCCCCUUUAUAAGCUGAAAAAAAAUUGUGACCCCCUCCCCCCAGGGAGGCAGGCUGGCUGCCAGGAAGGAAGGGGGAAAGCAGCCUUUCUUUGCAGGCUUGCUUCUUUUUGCUUCACAAAAAGCCCUCUCCUCUCAUUCUAAGCAAGGGCAUUGCCAGUAGCGGCAGUGCAAGGAGACGGGAAUCAGUGAUAGUAAUCCCCUCUUCUUCUUGGUAGCUCCACCCUCAGCCUCCUUUGGCAUCUGCCAUGUAUUUUAUAGGCAGAUGCCUGCCCUUAGUGCGCCUGAAAGACGCUCUGGCGCUUCAGCAAAAGGCCUCCCCUCUCGUUUGGAGCAAGGGGGAGGUGUCAUCUGCAGCGGCAGCGGAAAGCAGACUGUAGAAGGAGUGAAGACUUUUAAAAAAUAAAUAAAUAAAUAAUUCAUUUCUUUACUGUUCACGGCCCCCUCUGGAUUACUUUGUGGCCCCCCUGGGGGUCGUGGCCCUCAGGUUGGGAACCACUGGCCUAGAGCUUAAAGUAAGCUGCGGGGUGGUCCUUUACUGGAGCAUGGUGCUCUCCCACCACCUGUCGGCUCCUGGGUGGUGGGGAGUGUGCUUACUUCAGUGGCAGGAAGUGUUUGGCGUUGAAACCACAGGUAAAGGAAAGGGGGAAAAGCUCAAUUAAAUGAACCAAUAAAUGAGCAAGAAAAGGAUGUUGGGAUAUUGGAGAGCUUCACAUCAUUCUUCCGUAGACUCCAUCUUAGCUCCAACAGUAUUCACACAAGCAGUAUUUUUUUUCUUAUGCCUUUUUGCAAUUUAUCUCUUCUCUAGAACGCUUUCAGAUUUCUUGCUAUUUGUAAUAAUUUUACACCGGCAUAGGCUUUUCUGCAUGGAGUUCUCCACAUACCUUUUGUAUAGCUCUCAUAAAUCUUUAUUUGUUUGGGAGAUUUUUAACUUCUGCAUGAUCGGAACUGUACUGUGUGAUUUUUACCCAGUGCUGGGUUUUUUCCCCCUGAGCUUCCGCCACAUGUGCUGUUGCCAUUGGGAACCCUUGUGUGUGAACCAUGUAUCCCUUUAAACAUGCCUCCUACAGAGGAGGAGGAUCUUGUGCUAGAAAUGAACCUAGCGUAUCCUAGGGCUGUGCCUGAAUAGUGUGUGUACAACCCAAGAAUGUGGAUCGACAACAGGUUUACAGCAAAGCUUUCUUUCAUUGAAAGAAAAGAGAAGAAUAGAGAGAAAAAAUUAUUGGGUGUGUGGCAGCAUUACCGUAAUUAUGACCAAACUAGGCAAAGGGAGUUGGGCAGUGAAGUCCAGCUCUGUGAUGUGAAGGAGCUCUUGACCAAAAGCAGGAAGGAAUCCCUCUGCUUCAGGGUUUGCAACGAGACACAGACUUCCCUUCCAGACUUGUGUUGUGUUCCUUGAGAGCGUAGAGGCACGUUGGAGCUCAGGUCACCAUCAUGUGUCUCAAACCACAUUCUGAAAUGUUUCCGCUUCACAUAUGAAGGGAGAGGUGAGAAUGGGGUGCCUUUGUGCUGGAAGAGUACAUCUGCUGGCACUCUGAGAAAAAACACUUUCCCCCCCUUUUCUAACACUAAUUUCUAACAUUGUUUAGGAGAGAUUUUCUGCCAGGCUUAAGGGAAAUCUGCCAAGAAAAAAAGAAACUCCUGUACUGUACUUGAUGUCCCUUGGGGAGCUGUCAAAGUUACUAAUCUGUGGGUUGUUGCAAUUUACAGCCUGCCUCCAUGUCUUUACCAUAAUCAGGAGGGCACAAUGGGUUAGGAAAACAAGGGUGGAGAGUAGCCCAGGGUGCUUUUGUGGUUGUCCAGUCUCUGGCCUGGUCUUGAAACUCCAGUGAGACAUCUCUUGAAGACCUUUUCUAUCUAGACAGGCCUAUGUAAUUGUAUAAUUUUUAGAUCGGCCACUCAUUUUAAUGAUCAUUUUGUAAUGUUUGUAUAUUUUGUAAUGUAUUUUAUUGUAUAUAUUGGCGUACACCAUGUUAUACUGUAUGAAUGAAUGAUGUAUUGUAUGAAUUGCCCUGCUUGAAGAAGAGCGUUCAGGAGUGCACUUUAAGGUUUCUAAUCAUUUCUUUGCAGCUGUGGGUUUACGUGGGUUCGCUUAGGGGAAAAUGGCCUUAUGGGCCAGAUGAUCACCCCUACUGGGAAUAAUUUGUCCCACAGACAGCUUGGACUAUAGUAAGCAUUAAACAGAGGCCCAUUGGAGUUUAGAUAUAAUUUAGCAGCGGAAGCUAAUUUUAAUAAUGUGUAUUUAAAUCCUUGCAUGUAAUAGACCAAGGGUCAUCAGCUUUUUUGGCCCAGUGGGCAUGUUUCAAAUUUUGAGAAAGUGCUGUGGGCCCCAGUCACGAAAAUGGCUGCCAGGAUGGGCAUAGCAUAGCAUACCAAGGGAUUCAUUUCUAAAAGAGCCGGUGGGGAGGGGGGGACAUUACCACAACAAGGUGUGAGUAUGCUGCCCACCAUCCGUGGGGGGAAUGGCACCUCUCUUCUGCUCAGAAUGGGUGGGAGUAUGAGUUUCAAAUCCAGGUAUCCAGUGAAAUGUGGGCAUUUCUGAGGGGGGGUGUUCAGUGUAGAAUAAGUUGAGCCAGUGCAAGCAGGAAGUGAGCAGGAAGAACAAACAUUGUGGAUUGUGGAUGUUUGAAGCAAUAUAUACUCAGAUCUUUUACAGAUGCCAGAGGAUGUACUGGUAGGUACCCUCAGGCACCACAUUGGCAAACCCCAUAAUAGGCAUUUGACCCGAUGUUUUAACACUGUUUAUUUUGUACAUUAUUUUCCCAAGUAACUUUAUUGUUGCCUGCAUACACUGGUUCCAUAAAGUUUUCCUUCCCCAAGAUUCAUCUAUGUAUCAUGUGCUUUUGAUUUUCCUUUGAUAUCCUUUGUAGAUGAUGUUUGAAUCUUUAAUAAAAUUAUUAUUAUUAUUA